GGGGGGGCGGUACGGGGUUGGGGAGGGGGGGUUGGGCAACGGAAGGUCUGUGUAUACGCCUCUGCUUGAGCAUACGUUGGGAGGGGAUGCGGCGGGAACGGGUGCGACAGACGUUACUGCGGGCGGAUGAAGCGCUGAACAGAGCUCGGUAUCGAGCUGGACAGCAGGUGACAGGGAGGCGCGGAAGCAUGGGAGGCGGUGGAGGAGUUGGUGCGACGGAGCGUGCGCUGCUGCAGGCACAGUUGGCGUCGACUCGGGCAGACCUCGAGGUGGCGCUGGCCAAGGUGGCGCACUGGGAGGCAUGGGCAGAGUCGAUGGGCCUGGUCUUGCCGACGGUGAGUCUGGGACUCGGUGAAGGGGUGGGAGCGCUGUCACCGCGCUCGAUGCGGUCAGAGCGCUCGCAGAGCGAUGUGGACGACGAUGUUGGGUCGGACAGGGAGCUGAUGGAUGAGGUGGACGAGGUGAUGGACGCGGCGCUCAUCGCCGAGGCUAAUGGUAUGCAUCCGGAACAGCUGCGGCUGAAACGGGCCGAGCUUCAGGUGGCGAUCGAGGGUGGUGAGGGAUACGAUGUCGACGGCGAUGAGGAGGCCGAGGAUGUGUUGCGUUCGUCAGAUGACGAGGCUGUCCUGGCAAGCGAGAGCGACGGUGUUGAUGACGAUGUGCUGGAGGAGAGCGAUGCUGUCGAGGCUGCGGACGCUGACGACGAAAAAGUGGAGGCUUCGCUGCUUACAAUGUUUGCUGGCGAGUAUGAUGACGACAGUGGUGGGCAAGGUGAAGGUGAUGCCGGAACGGAGGCUCCGGCUCGGGUGAGCGGCGAAGCGUCCGAGGACGAUUUGUCGUUGGCGCGCGAGCGAGCGGAGCAAGCCGAGCUGCUGGCGACGUGGACCGACGACAUGGUGCUGGAGGGCGGGAGCGGCAGCACAACUUAGCGAGGUCGCACAAGUAUGUUUUUUGUCGCAAAGCUCUUUAGUGCCAGACGCCCGACGACUGGCUGUCUAGCGCCUGUUCCCAGUUGACGGACGCGUCGGAGGGCAUGAUGCCAAGCGCCGAGGGCGAGCCUGGCUCUGAGCCGCCGACAAGGCCGUUGAGAGCGGCAUUGAAGGUAGACUCGCAAUAGGCCUGGAUGUCGGGGGCAAGAAGGAGCUGGACAGCAAAGUCACGGCGAGCGUCGGCGACCUCGGCAGAGUUCUCGGGCGCCGCGGCUUCCAGGGCCUGCAGCUCAUUGCUGAGGGCGCGGAGAUGCUCGUGGUAGCGGAAGACCUCGCGCGGGAGGCCCGAAGCGCGAGCAGACGACAUGCCGCCUUUGGCAAGAUCAGCAGAGUGAACGAGGUCGGAGAGCUGCGAGGCGAGGCGGCUGUUGAGCUGGACCUCGAGGGUGGUGCGGAGCUCUUCGGGGUCGCUUGCAGCUUGAAGAAAGGCGUGUGGGAUGGAGGUAAAGAAGGCGUCGACAUG